UAGUGAUUGAUGUUAAAUCUGCAUCUGAAGAUGAAACUAUCACAUCUUCCACAAUCUCAAAAACUGAUUUAUCACUUAACAAAAAUUUCAUUUCAACAAAACAAAAUCAAAAAUUUCUUACUAGUUAUGUUUCAUAUUCACUAUCUAGUAAAGAUAAAGAACAUUUUGAAAAUUUAAUAUUAUGUAUGAUAGUAUCUAAUUGUCUUUCUUUUAUAUUCAUGAAGAAUCAGAAAACACAAGAUGUGUUUAAUUAUAUUGCACCAGUUCUAAAGCUAUCUAAUCGACAUGCAAUAAAUAAAAUUGGUGUAAUAGCAGUCUUUAAUGGCUGGAUGAACAUUAAACAAAAGCAUCUUUUUGGUAUCGUGUUGAUCACUUCUCAAGGUAAAGCCUUGCAUCAGCUAAGAGUAGAAUAUCCAAAUAAGGUUUUUAUGCCAUAUAUGGCACAUCAAAUGAACUUAGUUUUUAGUGACAUUUUUAAGGUGUCAGAUAUAUUUAAUGCAUCAUCAAAAAAGACAAUAUGUAUUAAAAAACAUAGUGAAGUCAAAAAGGAUAAACAACAGUAUAAGCAAAUUCAUGCUAUAACUUUUAUUCAACAAGAAUUGACCGAAUCUUUCUCAUUUAAAAGUAAUAAUAUAGAAAAUAAAUUAUUAGAUUCUAACAAUUCAUUAACUCAAUUAAGCAAAACUCUUGAAAUGAAUGAUAAUGUAGUUGAUAAUAUUGAAGAAAAUUGGUUAUGCAUAGUUGAAAAUUUAAUUGGUUUGUUGAAUAGUAAAAAUCAGUUAAAUAAUAGUGAAAUUGUAGAUAGUGAGCCACUCGAAUUUGAAUUGCAUAAGCAUAUUACUUAUCCAGUAGAUAAUCUAUCAGCAAAAUGGA